GGUUGUUGCUAAAGUUCAAACAACAAAAGCACUCCCCCCCCCAUGAUUUAGGGGCACCAUACGGAAGUGAAAAACUUGUGCAAAGGGAAGAGAUUGCAAGCAAACAGCAUCAAAGGUGACGGACAGGAGCGGUUUGUGUGUUUGUGUGCGCGACGGGAAAUUGGCAACAACAACACAGCCACACUUCUUUUCGUCGACCCUGGAAGAUAAAGGUUUAGGAGAAAAGAAAAAAAACAACGUACACAACAUCACAGCAGGCACAGGCAAAAGCAGGGGGGAGAUGCUGUGUCGCCAUUGCCCGUAUAUACAAAGGAAAUUCCGUCACAAGCUCGGAUGCUCCCCCGAGGCAGCUUACAUUAAAAGCGUUUCGAUCGACCGCGGGGCAAGGACUUUUGUGGCGCAUUGUUAAAAGCAUAUUUGAACAAAUUGACGGGACAUCGCACUCACAAAAAGGAACACAAACAUCAACCGACUGCAGUAACCCAUAAUCAAACGAAAGGAAUCAGGACAAUCGGCAACCGUCCGUCUGCCUUGUGAUGUGGAAGUGUUCGCACAAGUAGUGGUGCAUAUGCGUUUUUUUCGAAUGAACCAGAAAAGCCUUCAUGUGAGUGCAGCAGUGUAUGAGUUUAAUUGUUAAUUGGUGCUAGGUGUGAGAUCAGUUGUGACGAAAGUGGCGGUGUGUGUGGCAGUGAAAACUGUACGUGAAAUUGUGAAAACUACCUCCCCACGCACUUGCGCUGGUGGUACGCACGCGGGUAGUUGAACGAGCAAAAAUUGGCUACCGGAGAGAGAGAGAGAUCAUUGUUGCACUACAGUACGGUUGGCGAGAGUGGCUGGAUAUAGGGCUGGCAGGCGCCGGCACAGCUUCACCCGCCAGCGCAACGUCAACGAACCGUGAAGCACCGAGCACAUCAGCGUGGAGAGAUUCGGUCGUGAUUGGUGCCGCACAUAAGAACGAACAACAGGCGCACCAGCACACACAUCUCAGUCGGCGGUGGGUUUGCGUGUGCACGCAGCAGCAGUAGCAGCACCGAGCGCCACGAUGAGUACGGAACAUCCGGCAGCGAGUGAGCUGCUGGCCAAUGCUACCGCUGCCACGGUCGCCGCCGUCAGCGGCAGCACGGCCAAGGCGAACAUUGCCGUGCGCGUCACGGAGGCGGCCCCGGCGGCGGCGCUCGCGAUCGAUCCGAUCAUCAACCACGUCGGGGACGGUAUCUUCCUGCAGGCCAAGACGGCCCAGAUCUUUGCAGGGAUUUGCGUCUGGAUGGCACUGUUCAUCACUUGCCAGCAGAUCUAUCAGCACCUGCGAUGGUACACGAACCCACAGGAACAGCGAUGGAUCGUCCGAAUACUGUUCAUCGUGCCGAUCUAUGCCACGUACUCCUGGGUCAGCUUACUGUUCUUCAACUCGGAAAGCGUUUACGUGUACUUCUUCACCGUGCGCGAUUGCUACGAAGCGUUCGUAAUCUACAACUUCCUUUCGCUGUGCUACGAGUACCUGGGCGGCGAGGGCAACAUUAUGUCGGAGAUCCGCGGCAAGCCGAUCAAAUCGUCCUGCCUGUACGGUACGUGCUGCCUGGCGGGCAAAACCUACACGAUCGGAUUCCUGCGCUUCUGCAAGCAGGCGACGCUGCAGUUCUGCCUGGUCAAGCCACUGAUGGCGUUCAUCAUCAUCUUCCUGCAGGCGUUCAACCACUACCACGAUGGCGAUUGGAGUGCUGAUGGAGGCUACAUUUACAUCACCGUCAUCUACAACAUCUCGGUCUCGCUGGCACUGUACGGGCUGUAUCUGUUCUACUUCGCCACACGCGACCUGCUGACGCCCUUCGAUCCCGUGCUGAAGUUCUGCACCGUCAAAUCCGUUAUCUUCCUGUCCUUCUGGCAAGGCGUGGGACUGGCCAUUCUGGAAAAGGCGGAGGUCAUUUCGCCGAUCGUCGAUGCGGGUGGUUCGACCACGUCCGCCGGUACGGUGUCCGCCGGCUAUCAGAACUUUUUCAUCUGCAUCGAAAUGCUGUUCGCGGCCAUCGCGCUGCGGUACGCUUUCCCGUACCAGGUGUACGCCCAAAGCUGCAUGACCGAUGCGCACGGUCGAUCCGUCACGAUGCAAUCAAUUUCAAGCAGUUUAAAGGAAACUAUGAACCCGAAAGAUAUUAUGACCGACGCGAUACACAACUUCCACCCGCAGUAUCAACAGUACACUCAGUACAGCUCAGGCGGUAAAAACCCGCGCGGUAUUCGUGUGUCCUCGUACGAUCCGGACGAUCCGAGCCAUCAGCUGACGGGACACGGUCAGCAGGGACACGGUGUCGGUAGCGGCGCAACGACCGGCUCGUACAAUGGCAAUGGUGCCAGCGGAAACGGUAGCGGUGGACACGGUGGAAGCUACAUUGCCCCACCGACGCUUGGCAGCCAGCGGAAAUUUAUGCCCGGCGCGAGUGUCGUGCCCCAGAAGGUGUCAACCAUCAGUCAGAAUUACAAUGAGAAAACGAUGCUACUGUCCAGCGAUGACGAGUAUCAGUAAGCCUGGACCACCAUACUAGCACCAAUGCUGGGCAGGGAUAUGAGGGUGUUUCAUGGUGGCAAACCACCGUUGUAGUGCUCUUGUUCGAUUAAUUUCCCUCCUCCUUCCAGGGUGAGAGGAGCACAGGACAGCUCGUUUCGGUGUUCGGUGCGCGCCUCUUGGUAGAGUCGUUGUACGUAGGUGUGUGUGUACGCCAACAUAGGGAGCGAGCGCAAUGUUCUUUUUUGUAUCAUUAUGGUUAGUGUAACAUACACCUGUAUUCGUUGCAUGUCUGGCAGCUCUAAAUGGCACAUGUAUCGGUUUUAAUUUUAAAUGUAAUGGCAUUUCUCCUUUUCACCUCUGUAAAUGAGAUGAGCAAGAAACAAAAAAACGGUGACGGGUUUGUAGGCAAAAACUGAGCAAAUCAAUUCACGCUUAGCAAACACCACUGCGUGUGCAUUCAAAUCAAAAUUCAAAAAAGCAUAGACCUAAUCUGCGUACCUAGCACACACCAUACAUAACUGCUCCAUCACAACCAGUACUGAACUGAAAACGCAGGCAGCAAUUGUAGUAGUGGGAACAGUAAAACCAUAAAAAAAAAACAAUCUCUUAAGCAGAGUAAAUGGCAAGAUGGAAGGGUAAAACCAGUACAGCACAGAAGUCGAAAGGAAACCGAAAUACAGUACAAUAAUCCUGCCAUUUUUGUGACACUACAGAUUCACAAACUACAGACACACCACCCAAACAACCUGUACUUUACCCAGUAAAGGGAAGAGUAACGUGUGAAGAGAGUGCUAUUCUCUCCCCCUGGUUCUCUAAACGAUUCCGUCAAAGUGGCAUCAAUACUGAAAUCUACUGUUCUAUACUUCUAUAGCGGAGAGGGUAAGCCAAAUUCGUAGCGGAAAUGUCAAUAAUUCUUAAAGUGUGUGUGUGUUUUUCAUUUAAACAAAUCAUACGGAAUUAAUGGUUCUCAACGAUAGAGAGAGAGAGAGAGAAAGAGAAAGAAUAGUAGCCAAAUGUGCGUGGCAACGAUGGAGGGAAUGAUCCGCAAAGCUUUAAGUGAAGGAAACCAUUCAUCAUACAUCAGCCCCAUUCACCCAUCCGUGUAUCGUGCAACUGGCAGCAUGCUAAUCAGGCCAACACUUUGCGAUCUAAUCGAUGUUUAUGUGGUUUAACUUCCUCUGGCCCUCUGGCGCAGACAGCAGUGAGGCACGGGGUUGCGUGCUAGCUGUCGGCACUCGCCUCUUAAGAAUAUCCUGCAACUGCUCGCAACUGCUGCAGCAGCAUGGGCAAUAUUGUUGUUAGCAUAUACAAAGGAAAUAUGAACAGAAACUGACACAAAUGUAGUGGAAAAUACAAAAACAAAUCCGGAUGCUUUUCCAGUUCAUAAGCGAAUGAGCAAAAGAGAAUUAAAUGCAACGGAGAGGAACGGAUAAAUACUUUUAAAAGAGCCACAACAACCAUAAAACAAAAACUAACGGAAUGGGGAAAAAUGUACUGGUGUAGAGAAAAAAGUGGGGCGGUCUAGUUAGUGUGCUUUAUAAUAUAUAUACAUUAUAUAUAGUAUGCCAAAACAAGAAGGAGAUAAUGGAAGAGAGAAGUUAUGAGGAAAUAGAACAAAAGAGAUGAUGAAAACAAACUACACAAAACACACAAGCUGUUUCGCCGUCAAUAUGCAAAAUCUGCAAACGAUUAAACAUAGAACAGGAAAGAUACAGAGAGAAAGAUAGUUAGAAGUGGUUAGAUGGGCUUGAACUAUUUCUGAAUUCGUUCAAAAAAUCUAGUUCCACUUCCCAAUCAGUGAUGCAAGGCAAGGAAGAUAAGUUAAAAAGCAUUUAAUUCUGUGCUUGUAAGCAGUGUGUAGCAAGCACACCGUGAUGAUAACAUAGGAAGUGGUGGGACAGUUGUAACGGGGAGCAAAAUGUAUGUAACGGGAAGUGGUGAAGUGGCCCGUAAGGAACGAACCUCUGUGUGUGUGUGUAGGUACGUAUGGAUCGUAUGGAAAGCGAUUCACACUCUAUAUAUAUACAUGUAUUCUUCAUUAAACACAAACAAAAGAGAAAAAGCAAACAAAGCAAAACAAAGCUAUAUCCAUAUACCAGGGCAUGGGAGAUGAUGGGAAAACUGGAAAAUGCAUCACAAAAAGACACACACCCACACACACAUUUAUAAAUCAGUGCUGGUGGUGAGGGACAGGCUGCAGUACGCUCCCGAUUUAAAAUAAAACGGCCUGAGAUGUGGACAGGUGGUGGUCACACGGCACACACGGCAGCACGACCCAAGGCUUUGGCUAGGUCAGAUAUAAAAACGGAAGAGUAAUAAAACAAACAAACUGAAGAUGAACAUUUAUUGAAAGUGAAA